GGUGUCAGUUUCUACGGAGCGCACACACGUACACACGCGCGCGCGCACACAGACUGAGGGACUCGCACGGAACGAGCUGGUGGAUCUCGUGGAGGCAAAGUUCUCCGAGCGGAAGCUGCGGGUUCGGGACGCGCGAGCUGCGCGGACACGAGGCUGGUUUUCUUGGCACAUCUGAGCUGCGCUCCUCCGUGCGCUCGCUCUCUUCCUCCCCCCUCGCCCUCCCCCCUCCACUCUCUCCGCCUCUCUGACAGCGUCUGCAGCCUGCUUCAAGAUGGCGGCUCGGCUCCUAUUCAUUUUCUGCUGAUCUGCCUUCCACAACUUUCAUUGUCUCCGCGCCUCGAGAGCCUCCGCCGCGCCGAACCUUCAGGACCUCCUCAGCUCCGUCAUCAUGCAUCGCACCACCAGGAUAAAGAUCACGGAGCUCAACCCCCACCUCAUCUGCGUCCUGUGUGGAGGAUACUUCAUCGACGCCACCACCAUCAUCGAGUGCCUCCACUCCUUUUGCAAAAUGUGCAUCGUGCGGUACCUGGAAACGAGCAAAUACUGCCCCAUCUGCGACGUCCAAGUGCAUAAAACCAAACCGAUGCUCAACAUUAGGUCGGACAAAACUUUACAAGACAUCGUGUACAAACUGGUUCCAGGCCUCUUCAAAAAUGAGAUGAAGAGGAGGAGAGACUUCUACGCCGAGCAUCCUGUAGACGCCUCGAACGGUUCGCACGAGGAUCGCGGGGAAGUGGCGGACGAAGACAAGCGGAUCAUCACCGACGACGAGAUCAUCAGCCUCUCCAUCGAGUUCUUCGAUCAGAGCAGACUGGGAGGUGGAGUUGAAGAUAAACACUCUAAAGAUCAGGUGGUUAACAAGAGGUACCUUCAGUGUCCGGCGGCCAUGACGGUCAUGCAUCUGAGAAAGUUUCUCCGCAGCAAAAUGGACAUCCCAAACACCUUCCAGGUUGAAGUCAUGUAUGAAGACGAGCCUCUCAAAGAUUACUACACGUUAAUGGACAUCGCUUAUAUCUACACCUGGAGACGGAACGGACCUUUGCCGCUCCAGUACCGGGUUCGACCCAACUGCAAGAAGAUGAAGGUGACUCAUGCGCAGCAGGAGGGUCAGAACAGCACGAGCCGAUGCGGGCCGGAGAGCGACUCCGCCAGCGACAAAGCCGGGAGCCCUACCGGGGCUCCGUCCACAUCCUCCUCGCUGCCGAGCCCCGGGGCGCUUGCUCCGUCCCCGCACCCUCAGCUCCCCCUCGGCCCCGGCAAAGUGAACGGCACCGCGGCGACGGCCACAGCUCCAACCCUGAACCGGCCCUUUAACCAGUUCGGCGGCAGCAGCGGCGGCGGUAACCCCCUGCGGAAGGUUUCCCUGAACGGCUCGACGACGUCCUCCGGGUGACGCGGGGCUCCGGAGCCGAGCAGCGACCGCUGCACACCCGCUCAGCUGUAACGCUGUUUUCAUGCCAACGUAGUUCCACUGUGUAGACGAUGUCCUCUCUCUUUCUCUCCAUUUGUUGUUAAUAUCAUGACGUCAUUUGUACGUUUGAACGUAGCGGAAACGGAGACCUUUCACAAUAAAAGGAACCCGGGCAGUGUUCGGUGAAUCUGAAGGGAGCCGUCGGGAAGAAGAAGAAGAAGAAGAAGAAGAUUUAUCUCUUUUCUUUUAAAGCUGCGUCUUUAUUUCACAGAAGUGACGGAGGUGGGUUUGUUUUCAACUUCCUGUGUUGGGAUAUUUUUGAAGCACAGUUCCAAGCAUGCAUGCUAACGGGGACGUUUUUCUGCUCCGAGGGGGACGAGAUGAAAAGUUCCAGUGUUCAGGACACAAGUUUGUACAGACCUGCUAACUUCAAAAGAAGCCUUUUACCGGAAAUGAAAUGUAGCUGCAGUAGAACCGGCUUUCUCCUCCUCUGCGUGUAAAUAAACGACAAGAAGCAUAUUUAAUCCGUUUUGUUUCUUUGUUCCGAGGGAAGGACUUUAUCUGGACGUGUC